AUGAAAUAUUUCGCCCUUUCAUCCACCCUCAUGAUGGCAAACCUUUAUCUUCUAGCGGUCGUAUUUUCUCUGGUUGCGGUUGCGGUCGAAACACCACAUCGCCGGACAUACUUCUAUGUAGGAGGCAACUACACCCUCAACAAUGAUGGAGAACACAUCAUCACCAACCAGAUGUACGUCGAACGACUUACUCCUGUCGACGGCCCACGUAGACAGUAUCCGAUUGUAUUUAUCCAUGGAGCCGACCAAACAGCAACGAACUGGCUGAACAAACCCGACGGAGACGAAGGAUGGGCGUCUUACUCUCUCUCGCAAGGCUACGAAUGCUAUUUGCUUGAUCACACCUCCCGUGGCAGGAGUCCGUGGUAUUCCCGAAAUGGACAGCUGAGGAAAUACAGCGCCGAGCAUCUGCAAAAGUACUUUACGGACACGGCAAAAUACAACCUCUGGCCACAGGCGAGUCUUCACACCCAAUGGCCCGGAACCGGUGUGAUGGGCGAUCCGAUUUUCGAUUCGUACUAUGCGUCGACGGUUCCUUCGCUUGCCGAAAACGCUGCUCAAGAGGCCUCCAUGCAGCCUGCGGGCGCUGCUUUGUUAGACGCCAUCGGCAAGCCGGUGAUACUUGUCGCUCACUCCCAGGGAGGAGCAAUGGCGUGGGUUACGGCAGAUCGGAAACCGGAUCUGGUGCAUUCCAUCGUAUCAAUUGAGCCAUCCGGGCCUCCAUUCCAGAAUGCAAUUUUUGGGAGUGGACCAGCCCGUCCCUACGGAUUGACUGAUAUACCGAUCACUUAUUCGCCGCCAGUGACUGAUCCAGACGCGGACUUUGUUAAGCAGACGAUCACAUCCAACUCCAGUGCAAUAUCAGACUGUGUGAUCCAGGCUGACGACCCUCCCCCCCGACAGCUCGCCAACCUGUCUAAAAUUCGGACUUUGGUCGUUACAGCCGAAGCAUCAUAUCAUGCGACACACGACUGGUGCACUGCUCGAUUUCUCAAACAAGCUGGAGUUCCAACAAAGCACCUGCAGCUACGGGAGGUCGGCAUCCAUGGUAACGGACAUAUGAUGUUCCUGGAGAAGAACAGCGACCAAGUGGUCAGAGCGAUACACAAUUGGAUCGAGGAUUCAACAUCUUCAUGA